CAGCACAUCGAUUAUACUUUGAUGGAAGAAACCUCGCGUCCCACCGCGUCUCUCCAAGCUAGUUAGUCGAUCUUGCGCUGUCCGCGACAGCUAGUGUGCCAGAAAUAGUGUCAGAUCAGUUUGUACACAUCAGAUUUUACGCGAAUUCGUAGAAAUGUAGGAACGAUCAUACACAGACCGCGUGAACGAGCCGCGAAACCUGCCGUCGCGCACGCAACAUUUCUAAACCAUCGUCGGAAGAAGCGGAUUUCAUCUGUUUACUCGAUGGAAUUGUGUCGUGGAAGAACUAUCGAGUGCUAUACUUCAGCGUUGACUCAGGCAGAAGACACUUCAUACGUAAUUACCGCUGAUCAUCUUGGCAUCGUUCCCGAGGAGCGUCGGCCGAGAGGAUCCUCUGGCCGCGUGCUCGCCGAUCCUCUCGGCAGUCGCCGCGUGCACGCGGGUCCGCGUCCGAGGAUACCGGCGACUGCCACCCCCGUGGCCGAGGACUAUCGACCGUUUCGGGGAUGGAGGCGCGAAGGAGGCGCGAUAGCGCAGCCGCGACCCCGCCGAGGCUGCGCGACGUCGCCCGGUUUUGUAUCAACACGUUCAGAGCGUUCUAUGCCGGGAACAUCAGCGUCGCGUUCGCCACUGCAGCACCACCAGCCUCGUUCCGCAGCGAGGCCGAAGCCCGUCAGGAAGCGGCGCCCGGCGACCCUGACAUGGGCAACCUGCAGAGCGACGUGAAGAAGAAGGGCAAGAAGGGUAAGGCCGUCGCCGGAGAUGGAACCGCGAGCACUCCCGGAUCAAUCGCGGAUGGUCUCGACGAUGCGACCGAGACGGGUGACGAUUGCGAGAUCAUCGAAGAUGAAACGCCAGCUAAAAAGAUCUCCGAGAAGCUGGACGAGUCUCAGAAGUUCGGGACGGAGAAACGACAAGCCCACAAGAGACAGGCUCCUAAGCCACCUGCGCCCGCGGUGAUAAAGGUCACUCCAACCGAGCCGCCCGAAAAGAAACCGUACGAGGAUGACAAAUCGGCUGACGCUACCAAGUCAACAGAAACGAAGGCUACGUUGUUGGUACCCGGGGCUAAUCAGGGACAGAAACUGGAGCCGGCUCUCCUGGUCACCGACUCGUGGCGAUUAGCCAAUAAAUGCAUGGUCGUAGCGGAAGUCUCGAUGCCGCCUAGUCAAGAAUCAUCCAGCGAUAGCGUGUUCACCGAUCCCGACGCGGCGGAUGCUGCGAAAGAGGAAACGACGCAGCCAUUCCCAGAACCGUUCGCCGUCAAGGCCAAUGAACUGGAUCAAUCUUCUGUAUCGCCGCUCUUCGAACGACGAAUCGUUGGAACGUUAAUCGCAGCUCUGCCUGAACAAUUGAAGUCGCUACUCACGGAGGCCGAAGUCGAGCAGUUUGCGAUGAGAAUAUAUUCGCGGCUAGUGUCGGAUGGGAUCAUCGGCUCGAUUACCAUCGACAGCGUGGCUCAGAAGAAGGAAUCACAGAUCGCAGAAGGUAAGUCCGAGUGCAGAGACACUCUGUCUGCGUCUGUCAGCUUAACUUCCGAGGGGAUUUCCACGAAGGACAGACGCGAUUCGGAGAAGGAAUCAAGACCACAAGAAUUCGAGCGAUUUCAAGAACUCGCGAGGGAGGAAAAUAAAGCUACUCAAGACAAAUCCACGCAGUCUUCACCUCCUGCAACGGCUCUUCCAGAAGGAACCGAUGAUGCUCCUAAGGAGAGAAGUUCAGAUGAUAAGACCUCUCAAGAGGAGGGCGCAGUCGCUGCUUCUUCGGUUGCGAGUAGUUCGAAGGACGAGAAAAGCUUGUCGCAAAGUCGAACCACUCGAAGACAGUCAACUCCCCCAUCGCCGGUUACGACACUGCCGCAACAAGUUUCUUUGCCUCCAUCCUUUUCAAAUACUCCACCACCUCCGCCACCGCCACCGCCACCGCCUCCGCCACCUUCGCCCUUCCUGGACUAUCGUUCGCUGAACAAUUCCACUUCGCAACCAUCAUUUUCUAUACCACCCCCGCCACCGUUACCCGCGUCCACCGCGGGACAGUCCUUUACUACACAACGAAGCAUCACGACAUUGCCAACAGUCCCACCGCCCCCGCCACCUCCUCCGUUACCGCCGCCUGUUUUGCAAACGAUAACCGAGGAGAUCCAAGGAGCACCGCCCGAACCUCCACCGCCGCCUCCUCCCCCAUCGCCUGCUCCAACGCUCGCUAAAAUCGUCGCGUCUAUUCCUCCUCCGCCACCACCGCCACUGCCGCAAGCACCCGUGUGCAAUUCUAUACCUCCGCAUCCACCUCCGCCGCCUCCACCUCCUGCACCGCCGUUCUCGACCUCGUCUGUGACAGCUGGAAUAAACGAAAGUCAAUCCGUGCCUCCUCCGCCGCCGCCACCACCACUUCCGGCGUCCAUCGGCGGAGUAAACAUCGUACCACCGCCUCCGCCACCUCCUCCACCUCCGACGCCUUCAAUCGGCGGCGUACCACCGCCGCCGCCGCCCAUGGCAGGCAUUCCUGGUGGCCCUCCACCACCUCCGCCCAUGGCAGGCAUUCCUGGUGGCCCACCACCGCCUCCGCCACCUCCUGGAAGCCAAGUGCCACCGCCUUUACCAGCACCUCCGGUUGGAGGUUGGAACCCACCUAGCAGAGCGUGUAUGAGGAAGGAACCCCUUGCCCCCGAGGUACCUAUGAAGCCGCUCUACUGGACCCGGAUUUUGGUACCUGUGGUGCCGACCGAACGUGGCUCCGUCGACGUUAUGGAUCCUGCUACGCAGGCUCCACUAUGGGCGGAAUUAGAAGAAGUGAAAGAUCUGGACAUGAAAGAGUUCGCCGGUCUUUUUUCUCAUCAAGUGACCGCGAGAAAGCCUGUAAAAAAACCGGACCAGGCUUCGAAACCAUCUAAAACGCAGCCGGCGAAGAUUCUCGACUCGAAACGAUCGAAGAGCGUAGGAAUUCUGGAGAAGAGUUUGCACCUCGACUUCAGCGAGGUCGAGAACGCCGUUUACAAUUUAGACACUAGCGUCGUUAGUUUAGAAACGCUGCAGCAGAUAUACGAAAUCAGGCCAACGCAAAAGGAACUGGAAGACAUAAGAGCGUUCGAAGAAACCAAUCCAGACGUGCCCCUCGAUCGUCCCGAGACUUUUCUCAAAAAGCUGUCCGGCAUAAAUCAUUUUUCCGAGAGGAUAGCUUGUCUAACGUUUCAAGCGGAGUUCGCUGAAACGAUCUCACUAGUUUCAUCCAAGUUAACGAAUCUACGAACCACGUGCAACUUCUUACGGAAUUCCAGUACACUGAAGAGGGUCAUGGCAUUGAUUCUCACGUUCGGUAACUACAUGAACGGCGGUAAUCGAAUACGAGGCCAGGCCGACGGUUUCGGCUUAGAGAUUUUAGGCAAAUUGAGAGACGUCAAGUCGAACACGCCUGGCGUCACUCUGCUCCAUUACGUCGUAAAAGCCAGGCUUGCUGAAUACAAGGAUCAUGAUUUUGAGGAACCGCUGCCGCUGCCGAUCCCGGAACCAGCAGACAUCGAGGCGGCUUCGACGAUUAAUUUCGAGAACCUCUCGGGAGAAUUGGACAGAUUAAAGAGCAAGCUUCAAGUUUGCACUGAUAAAUAUAAUAUGGUCGUGGAAUCGGACCCUGAAUACUCGGGACCGUUUAAGGAGAAAAUGGAGUCGUUCUUCCGGGAAGCGGCAGCGGAACUGGCGAACGAGCACGAGGGCCUGCUCGAGGCCAAAAGAGAAUUCAAGGCUGUCAUGCAAUUCUAUCAAUACACGCCCAAAGGAACCACCCUGGACGCGGCCGAUCCUAACGCGUUUUUCAUCCUUUGGCUCGGUUUCUGCCGAGAGUUCAAAGAUAUUUGGAAGAAGGAGCAACAGCGGAUACAGAAAGAACGAAUGGAGAAGAUGAUAAAGAAAUAUGAAAGUAAAAACAAAGUGGAGAAACGAAAAUUAAGCUCAACGGGACUAAAAGCACGGCUUCUGAAGCUAUCGCGCAAGUAGUCACCGGCGUCUCACGGUCCGUCGAUUCAUUCUUAUCAAAUGCAUCUAUCGAAGAUAAGGACUGGAUCGCUACGGGCAGCUCGUGGAUCGAUCCGUACCGUUGGGUCCGUCCCAACUCUUCAAGGCACUAAUUUCGUCGAAAUCAAACAAAGUUUCGAUCACUAUCGCGUAGAGAACGUUCGUUCAUAUGAAUUUGUUAUUAUUGUACAUAGGCUUGUUGUUAAGUUUUGUUAUCGUUAAUUAUAAUAAAUGAUAUUUUCUACAAGA